AUGACUGGAGAUGUGGGACAAGGGGGUCUUGGAAAGAAUUGGAAGGGAAGACUAGAUGAUAUGAGAUCAGGAUCAUGUCCUGAGGGAGGGCGGCAGCUCCGCAGGGUCAAUAGGAAGAGGCAAGAUGAUGGGCAAAUGCAUAGCAUGGGAAUAGCAGCUGAGACAGCCCUCUGGCAAAAGACACAAACCACAGCAUUAAUAAAUACUAUCUUUCGAGGGUUCGUACAAUUUCUUCUCCUCCUGGGAUUUCUCUACUUCUUUGUCUGCUCCUUGGACAUUCUUGGCAGUGCUUUCCAGCUGGUUGGAGGGAAAGCGGCUGGCAAGCUUUUCUAUGAAGGUUCCAUAAUUUACAAUCCUGUGACCGGCUUGGUGAUUGGUGUGCUGGUGACGGUCAUUGUGCAAAGUUCCAGCACAUCUACAUCUAUUGUCGUCAGUAUGGUGUCCUCUUCAUUGUUGACAGUAAAGGCAGCAAUUCCCAUUGUCAUGGGAGCCAAUAUUGGGACUUCAGUCACCAAUACCAUUGUGGCCCUCAUGCAGGCUGGAGACAGGGAUGAAUUUCGAAGGGCUUUUGCAGGAGCUACUGUUCAUGAUUUUUUUAACUGGUUGUCAGUGCUGGUGCUGCUGCCUGUGGAGGUGAUUACAGACUACCUCUACCACCUCACCAAUGUCAUAAUACGCUCCUUUAAUAUCAAGAGUGGAGAAAAUGCCCCUGAACUCUUGAAAGUCGUCACACAUCCCUUAACAAAACGUAUUAUUCAGUUGGAUAAAAAAGUCAUAAUAGAAAUUGCUACAGGAGAUGAGGCAGCAAAAAACAAGAGUCUGAUAAAGAUUUGGUGUAAAACUUUUAAAAAUGUGACUUUAAGCAAUGUUACUAUACCCACCCGAGACAGUUGUACCUCUCCCAGUCUCUGCUGGACUGAUGGGAACAUGACGUGGACCCUCAUGCAUAAAGUAUAUAAAAAGAACCUUGAAAAGUGCAAACACUUAUUUGUGGAUGUCAAACUCUCAGAUUCGAGCAUUGGACUCAUCCUUCUACCCCUCUCUUUGCUGGUCCUGUGCACCUGUUUGAUCUUGAUGGUCAAGGUCCUGAACUCUAUGCUCAAGGGACACGUUGCUGCUGUGAUUAAGAAGACGAUCAACACAGAUUUCCCCUUUCCUUUUGCCUGGCUGACAGGCUACCUUGCCAUUCUAGUUGGAGCUGGGAUUACAUUUCUCGUGCAGAGUAGCUCUGUGUUCACCUCUACAAUUACUCCUCUGGUUGGCAUCGGUGUGAUCAGCCUUGAGAGAGCUUAUCCUUUAACCUUGGGCUCCAACAUUGGUACCACCACCACUGCCAUCCUGGCUGCAUUAGCUAGCCCUGGAAAUACUUUGCAAUAUGCAGUCCAGAUUGCCCUGUGCCAUUUCUUCUUCAACAUAUCCGGGGUGCUUCUGUGGUACCCGGUGCCAUGCAUGCGCCUGCCGAUCCAUCUUGCCAGGGGCCUGGGAAAUAUCACAGCCACCUACCGUUGGUUUGCUAUCUUCUACCUAGUCUCCUGCUUUUUCCUGUUUCCAUUGAUAGUGUUUGGCCUUGCCCUGGCAGGUUGGGCCAUGUUGGUGGGUGUUGGAGUACCCAUCCUAUUGAUGAUUAUCAUAUUAAUGUCAAUGUGGGCCUUUGAGGUCCACCACAUACUGCCCCUGUGGAUGCACUCCCUAGAGCCCUGGGAUAACCUGAUAACUCGUUUAAUGGACAAAUCCUGCUGGGGAGGUUGCUGCUACUAUGUAGGCAUUUGUUGCAGGGUGGUGUUCCUGCCCUGGAAAUGGUACUUUUGUGAGUGCUGGAAACUGAAGAGAGAUGACGAAAAGGCCAAGGAAGUCCCUGUCAAUGUCACUGAGCAGUCUGAAAACACUGAAGUCAUAACUGACAAGUCCCAGACUUCAGCCCAAACACAAGACAAAAUCAGAGAAACGAAGAUCUCUCAAAGCAGCAUAGCUUUAUAG